AUGCAUAAAUUUGUGACUCCAGAAACUUUUGUUCAUAAAAUUUAGAAUGAUUAUUUCAUUAAGAAAAAGCCUAGUCCUGAUUAAAGAACAGGGAAAAAGAAAUAAACUGAAUAGGAUUUCGAACUCUAUUAAAACCUUAAGGAUCUGAGGAAUAAUAAUUAAUUAAUACGAAACAAUCAAAGAUCACUUUAAAUUAUUAAUCCUUUGAGUAAAUAAAUUAAUAUGAUGGAAACAAAGAAAUAAUAAUAAGAGAAGAAGAUGAGGGAAGCUCAAUUUUAAUUAAAAAAAAAGAGUAUGCUUAAUGAAAAUUAAUAAAAGUUACAAUCUGAUCUAAAAAAUUUAGAGAAGAUAAGUGUUAGUGCUUUUAAGGAUUUUAAAGAAUAAGUUAAUCUUUAUAAUAAAUAUUACAGUAAUACAAUUGGAUAGGAACCAGAAAUAAAGGACAUUCAAUAUGAAGACUUAAAUAUUCCUUACCAAUAUGUGGAUGAUGGAAGUAGAUAUACUUACAGAGAAAUAUUAAACCAUGAAAUUCCAGAAAUAAAUUAUAUGAAUAAUGAGGCUAAAAAAUUAAUGGAGUAAAAAUUAUAAAUUAAUAAUAUCUUAGAACAAUUCUUUAACUUAAAUUUUCAGAUGAAUAAUUAGAGAAUAAAUUAUUAAACAGUUUAAAAUAACAUGUAGUUGUAAGAAAAUUAAAUUAAAUGGAAAAUGAUUAUUUAGCUGCAAUAAAAAAUAAUGAUUUAUAAACUAUAAAAUUGAUGUUAAUUUCAGAUGUAACUUUAGUUAAAACAAAAGAUUUUGUAAAUUUUAAAUAUAUUAUUAGAUUGGUUAAACUGGAUUGCAUUUGGCUGCAAAACGAAACUAUUAUGAUAUUUGUUAAGAGCUUAUAAAUUAUAAUGUUGAUGUAUUUGCAAUUGAUUAUGUAAAAUAAAAAAAUAAAUUAUAGGCAAGUAGAACGGCAAGGCAAUUGGCAGAAAAAUAUCAAUAUUUUAAGGUGGCUAAGUUAAUUCAGAUGGAAGAGGAUUAACUUAAUAAAAAGAGAAAUAUAUAAUCAUGA